AAAUCUGAACGUUAAUGAGCACCAUAUUGCUCAGGUGCAUAACUAUAUCCGUUUCACGCGGUACCAGAGGGGGCAGAGAAUGCGGGCUGUGGAAUUCUGUUUUGAUGAAUUAAUGACAACGCAACUUGAUGAAACAACCUACACAAUUGAUGAAGUGAAAGAUAUGUUAAACAACCUACUUAUGAAUGUUAGUGGUGAACUUGAAGCAGAGUUGAUUAACUCGGCACAUACCAAUGUGUUACUACUCCGUCAGAUGUUUAUGCAAGCUGAAAAAUGGCAUCUCAAGCUCUCGGCUGAUAUAUCUGAAUUGGAGAACAGGGAUAUACUGGACAAGAUUGCAGAGUUUGAAGAGGAACAGUUUGCAGGAACAAAAAGAGAUACAGAUUUCUCUUCAGUGUUAAAACAUGUCAAACUGGGUCCUAUGAAUGAAUCUGGAGGAACUACUUUAUUGCAUAUGAAAAUAGAAGAGUUACAGAAAGAAAAUGAAAAGUUAAAAGAGCAGAUGGGUUCUGUUGCAGCAGGGUCAGCAGUGUCAAGUAAACAGAGACAGCAGUUAGAGGAUGAACUAGCAAGAACCCAGUCACAGAUAAGGAGUUCAGGAUCUGGUGGUGAAUCAGAGGAACUGAGACGCAAGAUGGCAGCGCUUCAGAUGGAAUUAGAUGCUGAUAAGGGUAAGAAGGGAGGUAAUCCAGAGAUGGAGAAUGAUUUAGUUUCAACAAAGCACGAGUUACUCAGGAUUCGAGAAAUGCUGGAGAUGGCUGAAAAGGAACUAGAGAAGAAAGUGAGUCAGACAGCACCAUUCAAGAACCUUAAACAGAUGUUGAUGAAGAAAAACGAUACUCUAAAGGAUCUCAGAAAACGUUUAUCCAAAUAUGAAACACCAGAUGAUUAAAGCUUGCGACAUGCCAUCUGUGUUCACAUGGAAACAUUCCCACAUCUGCUGCAUAUCACCUUAAUUAUAUUAAUACUGGAAAAUCAAAGCAAAGAACUUAAAAAUUAGUCUAGAUACAAUAUUGAUAUUAGCACAGUAAUAUACUGGUACAUCUGUUGUUGUUUUUUUAAUCUCAAUAAUAUUACUAUUUAAGUUGUGUAUUUUCUUUUUCUUUUUUUCCCCAAUGACCUAUGAUUGCAUUGAUGUAACACUAAACCCAACUAGAAACUUUUUUAUAUUUUUUACCAAAACCUUUGAUCUUUGUAUUUUGAUAAAAUUUGUUUGUUUCAAAAAUACAUUUUAGCAUUCGGAAAGAAGAAAGAUAUAGUUUUUGGGCUCUUUUAACAUUUUAAGAAAAUUUUAUAAUAGACUUUCCUAUGUUGCUGGAAGUGAUAUGUGUCAGUUUUCAGACAGACCAGUUAAGUUCUGUUUAUUAUGUCUCCCACCACACAGUGGUGUGGGAGACAUAUUGAUUUACUCCAGUCUGUGUGUCUGUCGUUGUGUCUGUCUGUCUGUCACAAAGCUUGUCCGCGCUCUAAAUGAAACAUUUCUCAUCCGAUCUUCACCAAACUUCAACAAAAUGUGUCUGCCAAUAAGUGCUCGGCCAAGUUCGAUAACUAGCCAGAUCGGCCUAGGCACUUCGGAAUUAUGGUCCUUGAUUUACCAAAAACACUCAGAUUUCUUGCGCAGUUUUACCCCUUAGGCGCCAGAUUUCUUGCGCAGUUUUACCCCUAAACAGGCGCCUAUACUACUAGUAGUAUAGUCAAGAAAGUGCAUACACAUGUGGAUUAAGUAAACAGUAUAUAAAGACUGACUUACUAUUUAGAUGAUUAGGCAGUUGUGGGAGACAUGUGUUUUUAGCUCACCAGGUGAGCUUUUGUGAUCGCGCAGCGUCCGUCGUCCGUCGUCCGUGCGUGCGUCCGUCCGUGCGUGCGUGCGUAAACUUUUGCUUGUGACCACUCUAGAGGUCACGUUUUUCAUGGAAUCUUUAUGAAAAUUGGUCAGAAUGUUCCCCUUGAUGAUAUCUAGGUCAAGUUCGAAACUGGGUCACGUGCAGUCAAAAACUAGGUCAUUAGGUCUAAAAAUAGAAAAACCUUGUGACCUCUCUAGAGGCCAUAUAUUUCAAAAGAUCUUCAUGAAAAUUGGUCAGAAUGUUCAUCUUGAUGAUAUCUAGGUCAAGUUCGAAACUGGGUCACGUGGGGUCAAAAACUAGGUCAUUAGGUUUAAAAAUAGAAAAACCUUGUGACCUCUCUAGAGGCCAUAUUUCUCAAUGGAUCUUCAUGAAAAUUGGUCAGAAUGUUCAUCUUGAUGAUAUCUAGGUCAAGUUCGAAACUGGGUCACGUGGGGUUAAAAACUAGGUCAGUAGAUCUAAAAAUAGAAAAACCUUGUGACCUCUCUAGAGGCCAUAUUUUUCAUGAGAUCUUCAUGAAUAUUGGUCAGAAUGUUCACCUUGAUGAUAUCUAGGUCAAGUUCGAAACUGGGUCAUGUGGGGUCAAAAACUAGGUCAGUAGGUCUAAAAAUAGAAAAACCUUGUGACCUCUCUAGAGGCCAUAUUUCUCAUGGAUCUUCAUGAAAAUUGGUCAGAGUGUUCACCUUGAUGAUAUCUAGGUCAAGUUCGAAACUGGGUCACAUGCGGUCAAAAACUAGGUCAGUAGGUCUAAAAAUAGAAAAACCUUGUGACCUCUCUAGAGGCCAUAUUUUUCAAUGGAUCUUCAUGAAAAUUGGUCAGAAUAUUAACCUUGAUGAUAUCUAGGUCAAGUUCGAAACUGGGUCAUGUGGGGUUAAAAACUAGGUCAGUAGAUCUAAAAAUGGAAAAACCCUGUGACCUCUCUAGAGGCCAUAUUUUUCAAGAGAUCUUCAUGAAUAUUGGUCAGAAUGUUCACCUUGAUGAUAUCUAGGUCAAGUUCGAAACUGGGUCACGUGGGGUCAAAAACUAGGUCAGUAGGUCUAAAAAUAGAAAAACCUUGUGACCUCUCUAGAGGCCAUAUUUCUCAAUGGAUCUUCAUGAAAAUUGGUGAGAAUGUUCAGCUUGAUGAUAUCUAGGUCAGGUUCGAAAUUGGGUCAUGUGCGGUCAAAAACUAGGUCAGUAGGUCGAAAAAUAGAAAAACCUUGUGACCUCUCUAGAGGCCAUAUUUCUCACGGGAUCUUCAUGAAAAUUGGUGAGAAUGUUCACCUUGAUGAUAUCUAGGUCAAGUUUAUAAGUGGGUCACGUGCCUUCAAAAACUAGGUCAUUAGGUCAAAUAAUAGAAAAACCUUGUGACCUCUCUAGAGGCCAUAUUUUUCAAUGAAUCUUCAUGAAAAUUGGUCAGAAUUUUUUAUCUUGAUGAUAUCUAGGUCACAUGUGCUCAAAAACUAGGUCACUAUGUCAAAUAAUAGAAAUAACGACGUCAUACUCAGUUCAACACUGGGUCAUAUGGGGAUAGGUGAGCGAUUCAGGACCAUCAUGGUCCUCUUGUUCUCAAAAGCAUCUCUAGUUUUCCUGCAUAUCUGACAAAAGAAUGUUUUGUAAUUGCAGUCAAAGGGUUGGUUUUUUAAUGCAAUUAAUGUGCAUAAUAUUUAUAUACCAUGUUAAGUUCAUAAAGGUGAUGCCUCUGAAAUGGUACCAUUUGAAGUAUCACAGGUGGUGGUUUUCAUGCACACAUUUAAAAAUCUUUUUGAUAUCCAUAAAAAGUAUUUCUUUAUAUAUUCCGUUUUUGAUUUAUUUGUACUUGAGCUAUUGAAACUGAUGUAUCUUAGCAUAUACAGAAUUAUUUAUUUUUACCAGAGCUAGGUCCUAGUUUGAGACACACUACCUGCCUAUAUUUUUUCUUAUCUUGUUAAAGCACUUGGUUCUGUUGCUUUUAUACUUCAAAGGUUGAUUGCUUUUGGUUAGUAGAUCUCUGCUGUUAAUUGUUUGGUAGGUCAAAGGUUAAGGUUUCAGCUCAAAAUGAACUUUUCAUCCGUAGCUUGAGUACGUAAAGGCUUGGACAUGUGGUCUGCAAAAUUGGGUGGUUACCUGUGGGCAGUCAGUGACCAUGUGUUUUUUCAUAGGUCACCUGUGGUCAGUAGGUGACCCCUAUAGUUUUGAUGGUCAGUUGUUCAAAGUCAUAAUGCCUUUGUGAUAAGAAACAGUUUGUGGGCCAUAUCUGGAAAGUCCAUCAGCAUACGGCUAGAAAACCUUACAAGAUGGUUGUCGGUGGGUCAGUAAAUGAACUCUUAUUUUUUUGGGGUCAGUAGGUCAUAGGUCAAGAUGAUGAUUGUGACUGAAAACAUUUUCAGAUGAAGAACUGUAGAAUGCUUUGAACUCAGGCUCUCAAAUUUGGUAGGAUGAUUGGUUAUAGUCCAUAGAUGCCCGUAAUGUCUGUGGGAUAAUUUGAUCAAAGGUCAAGGUCACAACAUAUUUGAGACUGAAACGUACAUACCCAGUAUUCUCCAACAAGCUAUAAUGAUCAGACAGUUUUUGUUAAUCACACUAUAAUUUGUUCAGGUUGUUUUAUUAUUAUCAUUAUUAUUAUUUUAUAUUUAUUGUUUCACUUUACAUAUAUUUUGUAAAUUAAAUCACUCUUAUACAUAAUGUCCGUCCAGUGUGCAUGUAUAUUGCUGUUGAUGUUGUAUGUAUGGUAGAAAGUGGUUCAUCUAGGCAGUACCUUACCAUUUCAUGGUAGAGGUGCUGACACUUAGCACUUCUCUUUCUCUCCCAAUUUUUUUGAAACAGUGGUUGUUUUAGAUGGUUGUUCUCUCUCUCUCUCUACAUUUCUAUCCUCUUCUUUUCAUAGACAGUAGUUCUCUUUGUAAUGUUUGGUAGAAAUGUGGACACUCAGGGCUGCUCUUUCUCUCUUCAUUCCAUAGAAAUGUAGACAAUGGUUCUCAUUUUAUGAUGUUUAAAGGGAAUGAAAACUUGUCUUCGCUUUACCUCCGGAUUAUGUUAUAUUCUGUAGAAAUAAAAACGAGUGGUGGUCUUACACUUUUCAUUUCUUAGUGAUAACAUAAAACCAGUAGAUAUCAGUAUAAAAUUAGUUCUAAUGAAUAACACACACACACACACAUGUAAUUUUGCGUGUUAUUAGUUGUGCAGUAAUGGGCUAAUUUAUUAGUACCAUGGUGAUUAACUAUAGUGAAGAAUUUUCGGGGUGACGAUAGGAAGUUUUUUAUUUUUCAAAUCUUUAUUAGUCUUUGAUUUAUCAUCAAAAAGAAUUUUCCUGUGGUAUUUUCCAUCAUUUUUACACACACAAAAUGUUUAAACAUCAAGUAGACAUGCACAUUUUGUCUAAAGUUUUUAGUCUGAUUUGUUUAAGUUAUGAUCCUUUAUUGACUGGAUAAUGUUAUUCUAUGGGGCAUACAUGCCAUACAAUGUUGACAUCUGGCAACAAUAUUUUGAUAAAAGCAUGUUUUCAAAAUGUUUGAUAAGCUAACAUUUAGCACAUUUUACCUAUAAAAUUAAUAGAUUAGUCAGUUUGAUAUUUUAAAAAUUCAAAAUGUUCAUGCAGAUUGAGUCUUUCAAAUUUAACCCUUACCAUGCUGGAUGCUAUUGGUUUCACCUUUGCGGCCAGUGUAGAUCAUGAUCAGCCUGCACAUGAUCUGCACUGUUCGCUAUUCAGCCAGUAUCUUUUUGGUAAACACCCCUUUUAACAGUUAUUGGUACUGUCCAAAUGGGAAGAUGGACAAGUCAUUAUAGAAAUUUAGCAUGGUAAGGGUUAAUGAUAGUUAACUAAUAUUUGGAUCCUGCAUGAUAGAGGAGCAUUUGCUAUGAAAAACUGUUAUGAUUUUGUAGAUGAAACAGUUUGUAAGUCGUGAUUGGUUACUGUUAACUUACAAUCAGUUCCUUUUGGCUUUAUCAGUGUCAUACAUGUUAAGUGUUCACAUUAUAUUAUAAAGAUUCACCUCUGUUUUGCUCAGUAUAUUAAAAGACUUCUGUCAUUAAAAUUGACAGUAGAGCUUCAAGUGAAUUAUAUAACAGAUAUUGUAUGUUCUUUCUUAUGUCGCUUUCUUUCUGAGCUCAUAGUUUUAUAUAUCUGUGAUCUUGCUAAUAAAUGUUCUUGUAUCA